AUGCCAGACCGACAAAAGAUUGACAAGGAGAAGUUAAAGGCUAUUGAAAGAAAAUUGCGAAAAAAAGGGACUUAUGGCAGCAAUGAAAUGAGAAAACAUUUGGAAAAGUUAGAAAAAGAAAAUUAUCCUACUAGUGUAAAAAAGGUAAUUCGGGAGGAAAUAGAACGCUAUGAAAUGAUGCCGGAAAAAAAUCACUAUGGUUUAAAAAAUGUGAAAGAAAAAAUUAUUGAAUAUUUAGCUGCUCAACAAAAAUCUAAUAAAUCUUUGGGACAAGUUAUUUGUUUAGUAGGACCACCUGGAGUAGGAAAAACUUCACUGGCUGCUUCUAUUGCUGAAGCAACCGGACGGAAAUUUAUUAGUAUUUCCGUAGGAGGUAUUCGUGAUGUAGCGGAAAUCCAAGGGCAUCGCCGUACUUAUAUUGGGGCUAUGCCAGGUCGAAUUAUUCAGGCUAUGAAAAAGGCCCAAGUGAUUAAUCCGUGCUUUUUAAUUGACGAAAUUGAUAAGUUUUCCUCUGAUUACCGUGGCGAUCCAGCUUAUGCAUUAUUGGAGGUCCUUGACCCAAACCAAAACAAAAACUUCACUGAUAAUUAUCUCGGGGAAGAAGUUCCUUAUAAUCUUUCCGAAGUAAUGUUUAUUUGCACUGCUAAUGAUGAACACGAAUUACCAUUACCUUUACUAGACAGAAUGGAAAUAGUUCGGCUUUCUUCCUACACUGAAAUCGAAAAAUUUCAUAUUGCUAAGGAAUAUUUAAUUCCUGAAAGUUUAAAAAAGCAUAAUUUGAACUCCGGAGAAAUAGUUUUUGAGGAUCAGACUAUUCGGGAUAUAAUAAAAUAUUAUACCCGGGAAUCUGGAGUACGAGAAUUAAACCGGAAAAUUCAAACAAUUGUUCGCAAAUUUAUAGUACAACUUCUGCAAGACCAAAAAGACAAGGUAGUGGUAACUCCUUCUAUUUUGGUUGAUUAUUUGAAAAAAAAGGAUUAUGAGUUUACUUCCAAACAAAAAAAGGUUGUUCAUUAUCCCCGUAAGGAGGGCGAGUUUGAAUCGACAGGAAACCUAGGAGAUAUUAUGAAAGAAUCAGCACGAGUAGCACUUAAUUACAUCAAGGCUAAUCACGAGAAAUUUGGUAUCAAUUCGGAAAUUUUUUCACAAAAUAGUAUUCAUAUUCAUGCGCCAGAAGGAGCAACGCCAAAAGAAGGGCCGAGUGCCGGUAUCGCUUUAACUUCCGCAAUUAUUUCAGCUCUGACUGGUCGCAUUAUUCCUCGUGAUAUAGGUAUGACUGGUGAAAUUACCUUACAUGGUCAUGUCGAAGCAAUUGGUGGCUUAAAAGAAAAAGCCAUUGCGGCUUGCCGGAGUGAUUUAAAAACUAUUAUAAUUCCCAAAGCUAAUGAGAAAAAUAUUGAGGACAUUCCUGAAGAAGUCCGUCGCGAAUUGAAAAUUAUUACCGUUGAAGAGUAUGAGGAAGUUUGA